CUAAAAUGGCGCGGAAUCAACCAACAUUUACUCUCUUCCUACUCUUGCUCUUGUUAUCAGAGUGUGUCUUACGAUUGCCGAUUGUGGCGGCGAAGGAGGAUAAGCAGAAGAAGAAGAAGGAGGAGGUCGGGACGGUGAUCGGGAUCGAUCUAGGGACGACGUACUCGUGCGUGGGGGCGUACCGGAACGGGCGGGUGGAGAUCAUAGCGAACGAUCAGGGGAAUAGGAUUACGCCGUCGGUGGUGGCCUUCACCGUCCACGGCGAGCGCCUCGUCGGAGAGGCCGCCAAGAACCAGGCCUUCAUUAACCCGGAGAGGACGAUCUUCGGCAUCAAGCGCCUCAUUGGACGACGAUUUGAUGACGAGGAGGUGCAGAGGGAUAUCAAGUUCUUGCCGUACAAGGUGGUGAACAAGGAUGGGAAGCCAUAUGUGGAGGUGAGGAUAAAGGGAGGGGAGAAGAAGGUGUUCAGCCCCGAGGAGAUAAGCGCGAUGAUUCUCACGAAGAUGAGGGAAACCGCCGAGACCUACCUAGGCCGUUCUAUCAAAGAUGCCGUCAUCACCGUUCCAGCAUACUUCAAUGAUGCCCAAAGGCAAGCCACCAAGGAUGCAGGCACCAUAGCAGGGCUCAAUGUGGCGAGGAUCAUCAACGAGCCCACGGCUGCGGCCAUCGCCUACGGGCUCGACACGAAGGGCCCCGAGAUGAAGAACAUCCUCGUCUACGACCUCGGUGGCGGCACCUUCGAUGUGAGUAUCCUCACCAUCGACAAUGGCGUCUUCGAGGUUCUUGCCACCAGUGGAGACACCCACUUAGGGGGAGAGGAUUUUGAUCAAAGGCUCAUGGAUUACUUCAUCAAGCUCAUCAAGAAGAAGUACAACAAGGAUAUUUCUAAAGAUGGUAAGGCACUUGGAAAGUUGAGAAGAGAGUGUGAGAGGGCUAAGAGGGCUCUCAGUAGUCAACAUCAGGUUCGGGUCGAGAUUGAGUCGCUUUUCGACGGUGUCGACUUCUCUGAGCCCUUGACGAGGGCUCGGUUCGAGGAGCUGAACAUGGAUUCUUUUCGAAAGACGCUCGCGCUGGUCAAGAAAGCGAUGGACGAUGCAGGGUUGACGAAGAGCGACAUCGAUGAGAUCGUGCUUGUGGGAGGGAGCACGAGAAUCCCGAAGGUGCAGCAACUCCUGAAGGAGAUGUUCGACGGCAAAGAGCCCAACAAGGGGAUCAAUCCGGAUGAGGCUGUCGCUUACGGUGCAGCUGUGCAGGGUGGAAUUCUUAGUGGCGAAGGCGGUGAGGAAACGAAAGAUAUCCUGUUGCUCGAUGUUACGCCGCUUAGUCUAGGAAUCGAGACAGCCGGAGGAGUCAUGACGAAGUUGAUCCCGAGGAACACGAGGAUUCCGGUUAAGAAGUCUCAGAUUUUCACAACAUAUGAAGAUAACCAAACCACGGUCUCGAUUAAGGUCUACGAGGGUGAAAGAAGUCUAACAAAGGAUUGUCGCGAGCUCGGGAGAUUCGACUUAUCCGGCAUUCCGCCAGCUCCAAGAGGAACACCGCAAAUAGAAGUCAUGUUCGAAAUCGACGCCAACGGAAUACUACAUGUGACCGCAGAGGACAAGGCCAUGAAGAAGUCGAAAUCGAUCACGAUCACGAAUGACAAAGGGCGACUGAGCCAGGAGGAGAUCGACAGGAUGGUGCGGGAGGCCGAGGAGUUCGCCGAGGAGGACAGGAAGAUCAAGGAGAAGAUUGAUGCAAGAAACAGGCUUGAGAAUUACAUAUACAGCAUGAGGAGUACUAUCCAGGAUGGGGAAAAGCUCGCGGACAAGAUCGACGAAGAUGACAAGGAGAAGAUCGAGGACGCGCUGAAGGAAGCAUUGGAGUGGAUGGAUGAUAAUCAGUCAGCAGAGAAAGAUGAUUAUGAAGAGAAAUUGAAGGAGUUGGAGCAAAUCUGCAAUCCUGUAAUCAAGAAGGUUUAUCAGAGGAGUGCAGAUGCUAACAGUUCUUCUGAGCCUGACGAAGAUAAUAUACACGAGUUGUAGAUUCAAGUUAGUGUAAAAUACAUUUAAUCUUACUUUGUAGUUUUCUAUUGACCUUUUGGAAUCUUUAAUGUUAUUGUCAAUUUGA